UCAGUCAGUGCUAAUUUAUGUUUCGUAGAUGUUUAGCGAAAUAAUAAUAAAAUACAUUUAAAAAAAUGUCUCUCGCCAUUCUCUGCACAGUUGUUGUUGCUUUCUACGUUAUAAUUUGGUUCUUUGAUUCAUUCUUUAAGAGCUGCAUGCACUACCCCUAUUAUGCGUUCUUGGAGGGAACAGGGCUAAGGAUCGGAAUCUUCAACUUUACUUGGACUACGACAGCGUUCAACAGAUUUAUAUACCGGUGGAGCAAAAACUUGUCACGGGUGCUGAGGAGAUGGUUCACCCUUGGUUACAUUCUUACCAUCUGGCUGUUCUUACCUUUUGCCAUAUAUACACUGUUUUCUUUCAUCUUUGAACAGUUCCAUGAAAGUGUUCAGUCAAAGAGUGCUCCUGAGGUGAAGGCGAUGGUUCCGGGAAUUAAUAUACCGGCGUCCGACUUCUGGGUGUACUUCUUAGCCAUAGGAUUUAGCAGUAUUAUUCAUGAGCUGGGCCAUGCUAUGGCUGCUGCUCAAGAAGAUGUGCAAUUGGUCUCAGUAGGUAUGUUUGUUUUCACAAUAAUACCCAUAGCCUUUGUACAGCUCAACACUGAGCACUUGAACACUAUAGAAAUAAGUAAAAGACUGAGAAUUUACUGUGCUGGAGUGUGGCACAAUGUGGCCACAGCACUGAUUGCAAUGAUCCUGUUCUUGACAGCUCCAAUUUUGUUUAGUUUUGGCUACAUAAGUGACACUGGUGUGAAAGUUGUAGGAUUUACCCAUGAUUCACCUUUAAAAGAUGUAAGAGGACUGGAACUGGGUGACGUAAUCGUAGCAAUAAACAGAUGUGAAGUAAAGAAUGCUGGUGAUUGGACGUACUGCCUCCGUAUGGCACAUGAGCGGUAUGGAAUAUGUACCACAGAAGAAUUUGUGGCUGAAAAUGAUGAAAUUAUGAUGGAAACCGUGAAAGAGAAUGAUGUUGUCGAGUGUUGUAGAAAAGAUGACAUAUACAGUUUCUGUUUUGAAUACCUAGAGCCUAAAGUGGCUGUGGAUUCAGUGUUGCCAGGGCAAUUUUCAUGCCUCAAGCCCAGAGAUAUGGUCAAGGAGUACUUUGAUAAGUGCACUGAAACAGGUGGUUACAUAUGCCCUAGAGGGACGCACUGCUUGAAGCCAUCAUUAAACAAUUACACUUAUUUAAUGAUAAUUGAAAGAAGAGAUAGCAAUGCAGUCCUGUAUCUGGGCUUGCCAUAUGACCUGCACAAGACUGUAACUAUUGAUCAAUACUUUCCACGCAUGGGCAUAUUUUCAUUCUUUUCACCAGUUGGGUUUGAAAAGCUUCUCAGAUAUGUAUUUAUGUUCUCAUUGGGUAUAGGGUUUUUAAAUGUGAUACCUUGCUAUGGAACAGAUGGUCAUCACAUUGCAAGAAAUUUAAUACAAUUAUUAGCACAAUAUUUGAAUAAGAGAGAAGAUUUUGUGACAAUUGCCACAAUAGUUACUGUAAUUAUAGGGACAGGGUUAACAGGGCCUACUCUAGUGUAUUUGUUUUAUAAAGCGUUAACAGGGGAUGAUGAUUGAGGUAACAGGAAAGGUUAAAAAUGGAAAAACAUGUUACCAAAAAAGGUAAACAAAAAGCACUUAAUUUAGAAAAUAACACAAAAUGGCCCCGAUUCCUGCAGACACCUCCUAAUUUUAUUUUAAGAUAUCGUCAUCAGCCGUACGACGCCCACUGCUGGGCAUAGGCCUCCCCCAAGGAUCUCCACGACGAUCGGUCCCGCGCUACCCGCAUCCAACGGCUUCCCGCGACCUUUACCAGAUCGUCGGUCCACCUUGUAGCGGGCCUACCCACUGAGCGUCGUCCGACACGUGGUCGCCAUUCCAGAACCCUUCCGCCCCAGCGGCCAUCGGUUCUCCUCGCUAUGUGUCCUGCCCACUGCCACUUCAGCUUUGCAAUUCUCCGAGCUAUGUCGGUGACUUUAGUUCUCCUGCGGAUCUCCUCAUUUCUGAUUCGAUCCAGCAGGGAAAUACCGAGCAUAGCUCUCUCCAUUGCCCGCUGAGCGACAUCGAGCCUCCUCACGAGACCCAUAGUAAGCGGCCACGUCU